AUGGAAUCUUCGCAGAUAAACGGCGCCGCCAGCCAAGAUGCGCCAUCUAAAGCUACUGACGCCGUCUUGAAGCCCUCCGAGCCUGUGCCUGAAGGCGCACAACAAGUGCGAGGCAUCGAAUUCAACGACUACACAGACCGCAAAAUGACGGUCGAGGACCUGGUGGCCGGAAUGGCGAACAUGGGGUUUCAAGCAAGUGCUGUUGGGGAUGCCGCACGCAUUAUCAACGAUAUGCGUGCCUGGAGAGAUACAGAAACAGGCGACAAAACAACGAUAUUCCUGGGCUACACAUCCAACCUCAUCUCCUCCGGCCUCCGCGAAACGCUCCGCUAUCUAGUCCAGCACCGGCACGUGUCCGCCAUUGUGACCACCGCCGGCGCCGUAGAGGAAGACUUCAUCAAAUGCCUCGCCCCCACCUACCUCGGCUCCUUCACCAUGGCGGGCAAGGAGCUCCGCCAAAGGGGCAUGAAUCGAAUAGGCAACCUGAUCGUACCGAACGACAACUACUGCAAGUUCGAGGACUGGGUAAUCCCGAUCCUCGACCGGAUGCUAGAAGAGCAGGAAGCCAGUCACGAGGACGAGGAGCCGCUGUACUGGACGCCGAGCAAAGUGAUAGACCGGCUAGGAAAAGAGAUCAAUGACGAGAGCAGCGUGUACUACUGGGCGCACAAGAACGGCAUCCCAGUAUUCUGUCCAGCGCUCACGGACGGCAGUCUGGGCGACAUGAUGUUCUUCCACACGUUUCGGAGUUCGCCGAAGCAGCUGCGGUUGGACAUCAUCGAGGACUUACGCAAGAUCAACACGCUGGCGAUGAAGGCGAAAAGGACGGGCAUGAUUAUCCUGGGCGGCGGGCUGGUGAAGCAUCACAUCUGCAACGCGAAUCUGAUGCGGAAUGGCGCUGACCACGCAGUCUAUAUCAAUACCGCGCAGGAAUUCGAUGGGAGCGAUGCGGGUGCUAGACCGGACGAGGCGGUUUCGUGGGGGAAGAUCAAGGUGGAUGGGGAGAGUGUGAAGGUGUAUGCGGAGGCGACGGUGGUGUUUCCGAUGAUUGUGGCGGCGACAUUUGCAAAGGUGGAAAAGUAG